CUCAGUCGCCCAGCCAUCGCCAUGAGGUCCGGUCGCAGCUCCCUCCUCCUCCUCUUGGGGGUCGCCUUUGCCCUCUGGAGCCCCCAGCCCUCCGUCUCCGGCAGCUCCAACAGAAGCUGCAGCAGGUUCCCCACCUAUUCCGAAAAGUGUAGAUUCCCCAAAGAACGUUUCUUCUACAACGUCACCUCCAAGAGCUGCGAGAGAUUCCUUGACUAUGGCUGCCCCAUGAAUGUGAACACCUAUCUCACCCGGAAGAAAUGCCAGCAAUUCUGCUCAGAGAUUGACGUCUGCCAGAUGCCUCCUGAAAAGGGGGGUUGCAAUGACAAAAGGCAACACUGGUUUUACGACCCAAAGAACAAAGAUUGCAGGACGUUCACUUUCGGGGGCUGCGGGGGAAACCUUAACAACUUCAACACACGUCGGGACUGCCGGCUGAGGUGCCACCAUAGAGGGUCUUCCUAAGGGCUCCGUGGAUGGAAGCUCGCCCUGCUUUGUGCUGAAGGAAAAGAGAAGCCGGUUCAGGACGAGACCAGGC